AUGACAACGCCCGCCGUCCCCUCUCACCCUCUCACCCUCGACCCCAAGUACGACGACUACGAUUUCCCAACCACCGCCCCUGACGCCCAAUCAGGCCACCCAGGCCACACAACCCCGGAGCAGGAUGCGCAGGUUUACCAGUUGCGGGUCAUGCUGGAGCAGCUCGGCUACACGGAGCGGUUGGAUACCCUGACGCUGCUGAGGUUCCUGCGCGCGAGGAAGUUUGACGUUGAGGCGGCGAAGGCGAUGUUCGUCGAGUGCGAGAAAUGGCGGCAAGAGUUCGGCACGGAUGAUCUGGUGAAUACGUUCGAGUACCCGGAGAAACCGCAGGUGUUCGAGUACUAUCCACAAUACUAUCACAAGACGGAUAAAGAUGGCCGUCCCGUCUACAUCGAAAAACUGGGCAAAAUCGACCUAAACGCCAUGUACAAAAUAACCACAGCGGAUCGCAUGCUGAAAAACCUAGUCUGCGAAUACGAGAAACUCGCCGACCCGCGCCUGCCCGCCUGCUCGCGCAAGGCCGGCAAGCUACUCGAAACCUGCUGCUCGAUCAUGGACCUGAAGGGCGUGGGCAUCACCCGCGUCCCCUCUGUCUACGGCUACGUCAAACAGGCCUCCGCCAUCUCGCAGAACUACUAUCCGGAGCGUCUGGGCAAGCUGUACCUCAUCAACGCGCCGUGGGGGUUCUCCAGCGUCUUCAGCGUCGUCAAGGGCUUCUUGGACCCCGUUACCGUGCAGAAGAUCCAUGUGCUGGGCAGCGGGUAUGAGGCCGAGCUGCUGGCGCAAGUCCCCAAGGAGAACCUGCCGAAAGAGUUUGGCGGCGAGUGUGAGUGUGAGAAUGGCUGUGAGUUUAGCGACAUGGGUCUCCUGGCAGGAGAAGGAGUGGGCGAAGGAGCCCAAGUGGGUUACGAAGGCACCUGA